AUGAACUCCAAAUAUACCGUCAAUCUCCCAAACCAAGGUCCCAUCACCCCGCGUCGAAUCCAUCUCCACCCCUUCCACCCCACCUCCUUCCCCGGCAGCGUCCUUGCAUACCUCGGCAUCCCAUUCUGCCAACCACCCCUUGGCUCCCUCCGAUGGAAACCCCCACAGGGUCCUCUACCCCACUGGACCUCUCCUCGCCCCUCUUCAUGGCGUUCUGACCCACACCAAGACCCAGCAGCAAUGGAAGGAAUGUAUCUUCCCCGACGCAAUGCCAGGAAUUCCAUCCCUCGUUCCGAAGAUUGUCUUUACCUUAACAUUUGGCUUCCCGAAACACCCCUUCCUGCUGGAGAAAGGAAAAGGCCGGUGCUGGUAUGGGUGUACGGCGGGGCAUUUGUAGUGGGUAACUGUUCGAGGCCGAUCCAUGAUGGCGCGAGGUUGGCAAAUGAAUCUGGCUGUAUCGUCGUCUCUUUGAGCUAUCGCGUUGGACCGAUGGGCUUCCUCGGCUCGAAAGCGUUAGCGGAAAAUGCAGCGGGUGAGUGGCCCCUUAUCUCGCUGGAAGCAUUGAAGUCGAAGCCGGAAGGGGGGAAGGUUGAGGUAGGAGCGGGGAAUUGGGGACUAUGGGAUUUGAUUGCCGGGUUGUUAUGGGUGCAACACUCAAUCUCUGCUUUCGGAGGAGAUGCGGAUAAUGUGACGUUCUUCGGCGAGAGCGCGGGCAGUAUCUCUAUCCAUUACCUUCUCCUCUCACCCCUCACACCUGCUGGAUUGUUCCACAAAGCAAUCCUGCAAAGCGGUGUGGUCGCAACACUUCUCCCACGCACGACAAAAGCCGCACAAGCAGCAUACGACCUUCUCGUCCACACCCUCUGUCCACCGCAUUUGCAAGGUGACGAAGCAUCACAACUAGAGUGGAUCCGAACGAAAGUUAGUGCGGAUGAAAUCUCUGCUGUGUUCCCUCCACUGAUCGGCAAACGACCCCGAUCGGAAUACACACCAACAGUGCAGGAUUGUGAAAGGUUGCCCGCGGCACGAGAAGAUCUUAAAGGGGAAAAGUUCGCGGUGACUAACCAAUGGGGUCCUGUUUGGGACGGACUCUUGGUCGAUCCGAACUUGAUCACUCGUGCUUUAGCGCCCCUUCCACCCAAAUCCCAGCUGAAGAACGGAAGGGCAGGGGUAGUGGUAGGAAUGUGUGCAGACGAAGGGACAAUGUUCAACUUCCUCAUUGCUACCACUUCUGCCCUUGCCGAACAUCAGAAAUUGUUUCACCCCGCACUGUCAUCCGACUUGGGUAGUCUCUACUCAUUCAACUCCGCCGAGCUGGCGACAGUCAAGCUCGGUGGGAAGGAAAAGGCGAAAAGGGACAGGCAAGCGUUCUACACAUGUGCGACGUAUACUGGGGACUCGCAAUUUACUGCUCCUAUCCUGGACUAUAUGUCCGUACACAACAACGCUGGAGGAAAGAGGGAAGGGGAGAGGGUAGAUGUGUAUGGGUACCUUCUGGCAUACAGACCAAGCUUGGGAAUGCUGGAAGGAUUGACGAUUGUGCCGGAGAUGAGUGAGGAGUGGGGUGCGUUUCAUACUUUGGAUAUCCCUUUUGUGUUUGGUGCCACUGGAGAUGGGGACCAGCACAUUUUUAUGGGGAAAAGUGAGGGGUAUGGUGUGGAUCCAACCCAAGACGACGUCGAUGGAGGAAAGAGCAAGGCAAGAGAGGCGGGAGGGAAGGGAAAAGGAAUGACAAAAGAGGAGAGAGAAUUGAGUUUGUUUAUGAUGCAAACUUGGGCUGCCAUCGCUAAGCUUCCCAAUGAUGAGCCCGAAAAUGACUUGGUGCUUCCUGAUGGAGUAAGCUGGAAAACGCUUGGUUCGGGAUCGUCAGCGACGACAGGUGAUAGUGUGGGAGAAAUCAACCUAAUAGCUAUCGGGAACGCUCCUCAGAUGCACAUCCCAUCCAUCACGAAUGCAGGCGAACGGAUAGCUGUCCGACAGAUGAGGCUGGCAAAACAUCCCUUUGCGCAGCAAAAACCUAUCGGAGAUGCUACACUGCAGGACAGGAUCCGCUUUUGGCUGCACGAGUCCAUUAGUGGAACUUCAAAUUCGGACAGGGAGGGGAGUGUGCCGCUCUCCAGGGCGACACAGAACUACUAUGGCUUCAUCGCCACAGCUCCUUGCUUCAUUCCGUGGCUGUAG